GUGUAGAAAAAACAGUUUUAUUACAAACUUAAGACAAAAGUUACUAAACAAAUCCUUAAAAAUGUUCAAGUUUGUGAUUGUUACUUUGGCCCUCAUUGCUAGCGCUGCCGCUGCUCCCGGUUACUUGGGCGGUUACGGUGGUGGUUAUGGUGGUGGUUAUCAUGGUGGUCUUAUUGGCGGUCAUGCCAUUGCUGCUGCUCCAGCCAUCUCUUAUGCAGCCCCCGCUGUUAAGUAUGCCGCUGCACCCGCCAUUUCGUAUGCUGCCCCUGCCAUUUCUUAUGCUGCCCCUGCCAUUAAAUAUGCUGCACCAGCUGUCUCUUAUGCUGCUCCCGCCAUCUCUUAUGCUGCUCCUGCUGUUAAGAUUGCUGCUGCUCCAGCCAUUUCAUACGGUCAUGGUUUGGGCGGUUAUGGUGGUCAUGGCUUGGGUUUGGGUUACGGUCAUGGCUGGUAAGCGGCCACACAAAUACUGUAAUAAUGAUUUAAACAACAACAAUAACAGUAUUUUGUAUUGAGAACGGGUUUGGGAAAGAAAGGAAGUGUAUGGUUUAUUUAGUAGCAAGAGAUUGUAUACUUUUUUAAAGCAAAAUCUUUGAAGUUUGAAAUGUUUUAUUAUAAUUUUUUUUUUAAAUAUUAUUAUUAUUUUCUUGUUAUAACUAUUUUUUAUUUGUUACUGUAAAUUUCCUCGAUUUUCUUUUGCGAAUGUAAAUAAAACAAAAAAAAAAUAAAUGAAAACUAUUUUAAACAAA